UACAUUAUCUGGCAAUCCAAAUCAACCACAGUCACUUGCUUCUAGGCGCUCCUCCUCCCCCAACCACAAGGAAAGAAGAAAGAAAGCUUUGGGCACACAAGUGAGCUAGCCAUGGCCUCAGCGACCUUCCUUGAGGUGAUCCUCGCCAUCAUCCUGCCGCCCGUCGGCGUCUUCCUCCGCUACGGCCUCGCCGUGGAGUUCUGGAUCUGUCUCUUGCUCACCAUUCUCGGGUACAUUCCUGGGAUCAUCUACGCAGUGUACGUGCUGGUGGCGUAAGCUUGGUGGGAGCGAACGACCGUCCAAGAGGACAUGAUGUUCUCUCUGGGUUAAGAGAGCUUGAGUUCAUCUGUAUGUAUUGAAUAUUGUGUUUUUUUUUUCGGAACUCAGUGUUGUGGAUUGUGUGAUGUCAAGAGUGUAGUUCCGGAGGGCUUUUUCUAGCCAAAGGUAUUCAUGGAUUGCAGUACAUAUAUGAUCUUAAAUUUGAAGUA